UUGAUUUUCUCAGAUUUCCACGAUUUUCAUUGACGAACAUUCACUUUUAAACCAAAUAUUAUCCAGUGUUAUUCUCUUUCAUUCAGUCAGCUCUAGUGCAGUGCACUAGUUUACGAAGAAGUUUCAAAGGAGCCUUUUGAAGAUGAAGCCGCCUACAGAAAUGGUAUUGUUUCGCGAUUGUUUAAUGAUGGCAAGAAAUAUUGUUAUUUUGACCGGUGCCGGCGUAAGUUCGGAGUCCGGUAUACCAACAUUCAGAGGUGCGGGUGGAUUCUGGCGAAGGUACGAAUCUACUGCACUGGCUAAUGCAGAAGCUUUCCGGAAUAAUCCAAGUCUUGUGUGGGAGUUUUACCAAUAUAGACGGGAUGUAGCCUAUAGAGCUACUCCUAAUGCUGGUCACAUUGCCAUUGCAAAGUUUGAGGAAAUGUAUGGAAACAGGAAGAACAUAACUGUCAUAACGCAGAAUGUAGAUGGGCUGCAUCGCCGAGCGGGCACUAGGAACCUGAUUGAACUCCAUGGAAACCUCUUCAAGACCCGAUGCACCAAAUGCAAAGAAGUUCUGCUUAACUAUGAUAACCCUAUUUGUCCGGCUUUGUCAAAUGUAGGUCCUCCAGAUUUGAAUGUGAUGGGCUCCACAGUCCGUGAAGAAGACCUUCCCCACUGCCAAAACCAUGAGGAUGCUGAAAAUCCUAAUGAGGAAGCAAAUAUUUACAAUGGGCAUGAGGGUAAUUACAUUCAGAUAGCAGUUAAUUACAAUGGGGAAGCUGGUAAUUACAAUGAUGUAGCUGCAAAUUUAAACGAGGUAGCUGCUAAUUUAAAUGAUGCAGCUGAUAAUUUCAAUGAUGAAGCCGAUUCUUUAAAUGGAGAUGCCGAUUCUUACAAUGGGGAAGCUGAUUCUUACAGUGGGGAGGAUGAUGGUGAAGAAGCAGCCGCAGUUGGCAAUCCCUCUGGUGAGUGUGGGGGUCUACUGCGACCACACAUUGUGUGGUUCGGUGAAGGGAUUGAACCGGAACUUAUUGAAAUGGCUGAAGAGGCAGUAAACAACUGUGAUGUAUGCUUGAUUUGUGGGACAUCGUCUAGUGUGUAUCCGGCGGCGAUGUUGGGACCGCAGGCGGCCGCCGCCGGCGCAAUUGUCGCUGAAUUCAACACUGAACCCACUAAUGACACUCCCAACUACCCAUACUUCUUCCAAGGCCUUUGCGGUACCACCCUGCCAGAAGCUUUAGCGCCUUUCAACUAAUUCAAAAAUCGAAUUCGUUUAUUUUAAACUGUAACAUCACAAGACACUUACUGAAUCAAUCUUUAUGAACAUAAAGAUUCUAGUUGGACUAUAGUGACCGUUUGGCCAGACAUAACUAAAUUGUAAUUUAGUUUCACAAGUACAUAAAUAUACUUGUCGUCCUUUACUUACGAUAAGUGCACGAAAGAGAUAAUUUUGAAACUGUCAAAUUAAAUUAAGAUUUGCGUCUGGCAAAAUCGGCACCUAUAUCCGAAUAUAAUAUAAAAAUCUUCCACCUCUUCCGUAAUUGGGUACUUUCCUAGGUCAAAGAUAAAUUAUGAAAUUCUGAUUACUAAAUACAGACAGACCUAAAGGUGAUAAAAAACGUUUUCUUUUUUCUAUUUAACUUAUUUAUGAAUUUUAAUAAUGAAAAAUGUAAUAAGUGCGGCAUUUUGUCACUUUUUCUAUGACGUCAUAGGUUGCUUUUUCAUACAAAUUCCGUAGUAAUUUUGUGUUUUGACGUUUAGUAAAAAGUGUCUGAUUUGACUAGUUGGAAACUACCCUAUUAUCUAUAUCUAUUUAAAAUGAUACUGAUGUCUUGUUUCGCCUUUUUUGACAAUCUUGGAAUUUUCAAAAUUAGAUUGAACUGGCAUUACUAGGUCAUCGCGCACCUACUACCUUAUGCCACAUCUUCACUUGACAUCAAAUUAGAUUGUGGUAAAACGCGAAUCUAUUUUAAUACAUGUCGAAAUGUAGUGAGUAGUUAGUGAUGAAACUUCAAAUAAUAAAAAAUAAAUGUUAAUAAGAAUUAUUAGGUGGAUGGAUUAGAUGGUAAACUUUUAAAUAUCUAUGUGCCAUAUUUAUUUUUUAUUAAGAUCAAAGUGUUUAUUCAUUGUUAUUAUUAUUAACAGUGGUAGUGUUGAAAAUAUCUUUUGUUUGUCAAUUAGUUGAAAAAGCGAACGAAAAAAUCAAAUGAGGGACUUUUCAGACUACAUUCCUCUAAAAUAUAGAUGGCGCUGUACAGAUUUUGCUUCGUUUCUCUCUCUCUCUAUUUAAGAGUUGCGCUCUUGUCGGUGGAGUAAU